CGAAGCAGCCAGCACUCCGAUUUUCAGACAACAACACGUGCGUUUCAGAAACAGCAUUUCCAGUGCUAAGUUCUCCACAUUUUUGCUAAUUUAUUAGAUUUUUCCAAUUGAUUUUUGUUCGAAAUAAGCGAAUUAACAAGCAACUAGCACGAUGAAACCGAAGGGCAGCAAGAAGAAAGCCGAUCUGCAGAACAUGUCGUUGGAUAAUUUUCUGGAUAACAUAGAUGCGGAUCUCAGCGACCAGGAUGGACCAGAGGAUUUGGCUCCACCGAAAAAGAAAAAAGUCAAAUUAGAUAAGGAGCCUAAGCAACUGAAAAAGAAUCAGCUGGAAACGACGGUCGCCGGUAAGAAGGCAAAGAAAAUUAAGGGGGAGAAGAAGAAAAAAAGCAAGAAGGGCAAGGUGGAACAACCGGAAGAUGUAGGAUCGGAUGCUGAGGUCGAUUUUGCCCAGAAUGACGUUGCUAAGGAACAUCAGCAAGCGUUGGACAAAUUGAAGGAGACGGAUCCGGAGUUAUAUGCCUUCCUGCGAAAGAACGAUAAGAAACUGCUCAAGUUUGGUGCGUUGACGGGAAGUGAUAACGAGGACGAAGAGGAGGAUAAAGCUGAUGAUGAUUUGCAGGACGACGAUGAAGAUGAGGACGGGGAAGGAGCACUUCAUGAAUUGCCGGAUAAACUGGAAGUUGCUAGUGAUGAGAGCGAUUUGGACGAGGAAGAAGGGGAAGACGAAGGAGAGGAAACUGCGACGCCAGGAAUGCAGAAGAAAAUUAAUUUGAAGAUGCUUAAGAAAUGGACGGAGGAACUGACAGCCACUCCCGUGAAGGUUGACACCAUUCGAACAGUUUGCAAGGCUUUCAACUCUGCUCUGGUCACCGUAACGGGGGAAACUAACGUUAUUCCUGCAUUCAAAGCGGAAGGUUCAGCUGUUUUCAACGGAGUCGUUCAACUUUGCGUGCUACACUUGGGCAAUGCUGUCAAGAGUUAUCUCGGUUUGCAAGGAUCGAAAGGAAUCAAAUCCCUUAAGAAAAACAGAAAGUUUGCUAAGCUUCAGUCCUGCUUGCGGAUGUAUUUUAUAGAUUUGACCAACCUUCUGGAGAAUGUUUCCUCCAAUCAUAUUAUGAAUGUGUUGCUAAAGCAUUUGCAUCAAUUCAGCUCCUUUUUGGUUUGCUAUUCUUCAAUCACGAAGCCGAUCCUCAAGCGCCUGAUCGUCAUCUGGAGUAUUUCAGAGGAGGAAUCCGUUCGAGUGUUGGCAUUCCUUUGCAUCCUGAAGAUCACUUGUGGUCAGCAGCGACGAUUCCUGAGCGAUGUGCUGAAGAAUAUGUAUCUGGCGUACGUCAAAAACAGCAAAUUCGUCAGUCCUAACACCCUUCCGGGAAUCAACUUUAUGAGACGGUCCCUCACGGAAAUGUUCACCUUGGACAUGACUGUUUCAUAUCAGCACGUCUUCCUGUACAUUCGUCAACUAGCCAUCCAUUUGCGUAAUGCAGUGAUUUUGCAGAAAAAGGACAGCUUCCAGUACAUCUACAACUGGCAGUAUAUCAACUCGUUGAAACUGUGGGCGGACGUCUUGGCCGUGUCAUACAACAAGAAGCAACUGGAACCUCUGGUAUAUCCACUCGUCAGCAUCAUCACCGGUGUAAUCAAGUUGAUCCCUUCAGCACAAUAUUUCCCACUCCGUUUCCACUGCUGCCGAAUGUUGAUUGACCUCUCCGCGCGGACCAGAGUUUUCAUCCCAGUGCUCCCGUUCAUAUUCGAAGUGCUCAACUCCACCAGCUUCAACGAAGAGCAUAAGAAACUCUCCAUGAAACCGGUUAAUUUAACCUGUUUGCUUCGUUUCGCUGCGGCUAAUAUACAGGAGAAUGCCUACAAGGACGCCGUUCUGGAUCAAAUCUAUGAGCUAUCAUUGGAAUAUCUCACCCACGAAUCUGCCUCAAUUUGCUUCCCGGAUCUGAUCGUCCCCGUAGUCACCGUUUUUCGUUCCUACUGCAAGUCUAGCAAAGUGUACAAAUAUUCACGGAAAAUCAAGCAACUCAGCGACAAAGUCGUUGAAAAUUCCGCAUUCAUCGAAAAGGAACGCAAGAUGCUUCCGUUCCGAUUGAAAGACCUUGCCGAUAUUCAGAGCUGGGAGGCUACCCGCAAAGCCAAGGGUACCCCGCUGUUAACAUUCUAUGAGACCUUUGCCAGGGAGAAUGAGAAGGUCAAGCGGCGACAGGCAACGCAGUCGGAGAAUGUCAGCGAUUUUGAUUUGCCGACGAUCAAAAAGAUUGACCGGAAGCAAACUGCACCGAGGGAAGGACCAGUGGAACUGUUCCCAUCGGAUGACGAGGAAGAUGAUUCCGGCAAUGGGCCGGAGUUGGAUUCGAUGGAGGAAGACGACGAGGUUCCCAAGCAGAAGAGUAAGAAGGAGAAGAAGAAGGUAAAGAAGGCCGAUGGUAAAGAGAGGAAGGAGAAGAAAAAGAAGCAGAAGAAACCGAAGCAAUCGGAAGCGGAUUUCCCGCUGGAAAAGGUCGCAGACAUGGAUGAGGUUGACAUAUUGAAGGAUUUGACGCUGGAAGAUUGGGAGUAAUCGUGUUGAUGUAGGGGUAAUAUUUCGAGUUGUGUAACGUUAUAUUU